UGUGAGCAGCUAAGGGGAACCAAUUCGCAAAGGACCACAGUGCUAAAGCCAAGGACAAAACAAGAGCAGAUCUUCAUUCAAGAAUCAGAGUCACCAUUCAAUCCGUUGAUUCCAUUUCAAAGCGCAUCCAGAGACAGCUCCAGUCACAGAUCUUAAAGGCUUUCUCCAAGGGUGUAGUACUAGUAGUUACUAAUAGCUAAAACUCUCUCAACUUUUCUGUUAACUGAUAUUUCUGUGAAAUCUCUUUAGGUUUGAUAAGAAUGUGGAAAGCAAAGCUCGAAUGUCUAUCCCGUUGUCGGAAUUCAUCCAAUACAGGGUCAGAAAACGCCCUCAACUCAAGAGACGGAUUUGGUCUGAGCUUCUAGAAGAAACAGGAUUUGGUUAAACAGUAUGACUUCUUUUGUUGAAGCUCCUGGCUUCACAACUGUGUUUUGCUGUAAAGCUGCCACCAAGCUCGGUUUAAAACUAUAUGACUUGGUUCAUAAUCUCCAGGAACUAAACCAAGUGUAUGGCGUGAGAAUGAUGCAACCCCUGUUUCACCUUUUAGUAAUGUUAUUCAGUACCUUUUUAUUAGUAUUCUCUAGCUUCAGUUCAUUCUAUAACAAUAAUUCUUGUCGGUAGCAGCUACUGUGAAAGCGAGUUCAGUAGCAGCAAGUUACGGUGCCGUUUAAUCAUUCAAUGCCUUUACAUUGCUGGACUUAGAAAAAAAAAACGAACUGGCAAAAAACUCUUAGUUGUGUCUGGAAAUGCUUAGUAAACACGCAGCUGAGUUUACUACACUUGUUCCCGAAGCAAGCUACAACUCUGGGGACUACCCACCUCCCUAACUUUCUCACCUUCUUCAAUUAUUUUACUCAUUUAUUACCAAUUUAUUUUCUUUUCUUUUGAUUUUUAAAAUAGAAAAGAAUAAAUUAUCUCUCUCUAUUCGUGGUCACUGAACUAAAGUCUCUUCACCGAUGCUCUUAACUCUAUAGAGAGAUUGCAAAUGGGAAGCAGCUUUAGCUAAAUCCUGUCCUUGAAACCCAUUCACGGUAAAAUGUUGUCUUCUUCUUAGUUUGUUGUCUGAUUCCGACAGGAGAUCCGACGUGUGCUUCUGUCUGAAACCGACAUUUCUCGUUAAUAGUUUUAAUUAACUACUGAGGAGAGUUUUUCUUUUUCUUUAGUUAUAAAAGAAUUAUAGGAUCAUUGUGUUCUUUGUUGUUGUUGUUGUUGAUUCUGAGAUCAGGUACUGUGGAUUUGAGAUCAGGAUUCAUUUACUUUUGCAAGGAGGUGUGGUUUUGUGUAUUGGUUGUGGACAUCAUGGGAAAGCCUGCAAGGUGGUUAAAAAGUGUACUACUUGGAAAGAAAUCAUCUAAAUCUAGUGCUUCUAAAGAUAAGGAGAGAGUUGUGAAUGGAAAAGAGGUAGUGGUUGUUUCCAAGAUUGAAGAAUCCGAUGUGGUUUCGGAUCUUCCAUCCUUUGGUAAUGCAACAGUUUCCACCAGUGCUGUUGUAGAAACACAGAAGACAGAACAUGAAGUGGUUUCAGACGACGAGAUACAACUUCCUGAGAGCCAAGUCCAACCAACAGAUUCUCCAACUGCUGCUUCUGUUGUUGUUCCUGAUGAUUUGCUAUCAGAUUCAGACAAAAUUCAGCAAGAGGUUGCAGCAACAACUCUGCAGGCUGCCUUUAGAGGCUACUUGGCUCGACGUGCUUUCUGGGCAUUAAAAGGUAUAAUAAGGCUACAGGCACUUAUCCGCGGCCACAUGGUAAGGAGGCAAGCUGUUGCGACUCUGUGCUGUGUAAUGGGAAUUGUCAGAUUGCAAGCACUUGCUCGAGGAAAAGAGAUCAGACGUUCUGACAUUGGUGUUGAAGUUCAUAGGAGAUGUUUGGGGAAUAAACUCCCUGAAGACUCUGUUGUUGAAACACAUACUUAUCUUGGAAUCAAGAAGCUAACUGCAAAUGCAUUUGCUCAGAAGCUCCUAGCUUCAUCUCCAAAGGUGAUGCCUGUGCACUUAGACAAUGAUUCUUCCAACUCAAUCUGGUUAGAGAAUUGGUCAGCCUCUUGCUUCUGGAAACCAGUUCCUCAACCGAAGAAAACAUCAGUCAGGAAAACUCAGAAGAAGUUUGAAGGGGACUUUACUAAACCAAAGAAGAGUGUCCGCAAAGUCCCUGUCUCAAAUCAGGACAGUUCCUCUGCUGGUGCACAGACAGCAUUUGAGUUUGAGAAACCAAAACGCAGCAGCUUCCGCAAAUUCUCAACAAGCCAAUCUGUGGAGCUACCACCACUAGAAGAGCCUCCUCAAGUUGAUCUAGAGAAGGUGAAACGUGGCUUGAGGAAAGUGCAUAACCCUGUAGUUGAGAACUCUAUCCAACCUCAACCAUCUCCAGAGAAGGAGAUUGAGAAGCCAACUCUGGCUUUGAAAGAACCUGUGACUGUGAGUGCCUUUGAUGAAGAGGAAAAGGAGACUGUGGUGGAGAUACUACACACUCAUGGACCAUUGGAGACCAAUGAAGCAGCACCUGAUUCUCCAUUGGUGAACAAAAUCGAAGAGAGCCAAGAGAAUGUGAUGGCUGAGGAGAAGGAGGAUGUGAAGGAAGAGAGAACUCCCAAGCAAAAGAAGUCAGCUGGGAAGGAGAAUAAAAAAUCAGUGAAAAAGGAUUCUCCGGUUAGUGCCACUACUACUACUCAAGCUGCUGAGUGUCAAGAGAGUAGUAAUGGGAAUCAGAGUAGUACCCCGGGACUACCGAGCUAUAUGCAAGCGACUAAAUCCGCAAAAGCAAAGCUGAGACUUCAACAAGGGUCUUCUUCCCCUGAGAAAGUCACUAGACGUUACUCACUACCGUCUUCAGGUAAUAAUGCAAGAGUCACUUCUGAUUCUCCUAAAACAACAAGAGUCUCAAACUCUGGUGGCAAAACCGGGAAGAAGACCGAGAAACCUUUGGGCCGAGAAGGCAACGGAAAGACAACUCAGGUAGAGUGGAAGAGAUGAUGGAUCAUCUGGUAUACAAAGAAGUCUCUAAUGUUUCCCACUCUACAGAUAUGUUACCAUCUAUCUAUAAUAUAGUUAGAGUAUGUAAUUUCUGUUUGUGUUUGUGUUGAGAAUGUACAUCAUCGGUUUGUUUUUUUUUGUGUGGCAAGUUCAUUUUCUGUUUGCAUGCUACAUUCCUUCUAUUACCUUGAAAAUCAACUUUGGAUGUUUAUGAUAUAUGUAUUCUCAACUCUAAAAAAUAAUAAUUUAGUCAUGAAGUUAAACA